GGGGUGGGGGGAGGUGAUAGUGUCCAGCUAGGCCCUGGCCAAUCAGGUGGGCCCGCCAAGGGGGCCGGCUCCAGGCAGUGCUCGCUCGGUUCUCUCCCGGCUCUAGAGUGCUCUGGCUGAGUGGCUGGGGAUCUCACCAGUUCUGUUGUGUGUGUCCUCGACGGGGAGGCCGACUGCGAAGGAGGACACUCGUACCCUGGACAUCCCCCUUUCGCCCCCGCGUUCUCCCAACUUGCUUUUCUCUGUGGUUUUUUACCUCACAGUCCCGCAGGAGUCGGGGAUUCCCACUUCUCCAACAAGACUUGAGAACUUCUGUCUUUUUCGCGCCUCUGGUCGGGGGAGGCAGAAGAUGGCAGAGCAUUCUCAGGCCCCCAGUGAGGCAGUUUUCCUGGCCAUUAAGCUCUCCUUCUACCUCACUCUUCCUCUAUAGUCCCCGGGCUGGCAUUAGGGGCUGUUCUCCCCGUUCCCUUCCAAAGUAGGGGAGUCCUGGCCACAGCGCUCCCUCUCCCGGGACAAAGCUUGCUGCCUCCCUCUUCACUGGCUGAAGUCAUGUAAACAGAAGUGGCAGAGAGCGAAGGGGCUGGCAGGCAGCCAGACAGGCAGAGGCUGUGGUUGGUGGUGAGUCGUGCAGCUGUUGGUCCCGACCUUCCCUGCUACGGUCCCAGCCGGUCCGCGGCUGCUUUUCCUCUCUCAGGUAAUCGUCUCUCAAGCGAAAAGGAAUUUGUGAAUCGCAGCAAUGGUUGAGUCUAGCUGCAAAUGGAAAUUUGGAGCUGCUCUGAAACACUUUCUGGAAUAAUUGUGUUUGACUGGAAUCCAAUUCUUGUGAAGUCCCCAAGGAUGAGAUUCUCUGCCAAAUCAGUGCUGCUGUCUCAUUGGCUCCUCCUGGUCUCCCUGCUAAUGGUAUGCAGUAAACUGUUGUCCGCCUCUAGCCAUCAUCUCCGGGGACACCCAGGCCACCAUCAGGUCAAGCAAGGGACGUGUGAAGUGGUUGCCGUGCACCGCUGCUGCAAUAAGAACAGGAUUGAGGAGCGAUCCCAGACUGUCAAGUGCUCUUGCUUCCCGGGGCAAGUUGCUGGUACGACAAGGGCUCAACCUUCCUGUGUUGAAGCCUCCAUUGUCCUACAGAAAUGGUGGUGUCACAUGAACCCAUGCCUGGAAGGAGAGGAUUGUAAGGUGCUUCCAGAUUAUUCUGGCUGGUCUUGCAGCAGUGGCAACAAAGUCAAAACCACCAAGGUCACUCGAUAGCCUGGAAUUACCUGUGCUUUAUUGUUGGUGAGAAGAGCACGUGUGUCAACAUGGUCCCACAGAUGACGACAGAGACCUUUUGAGUGAAUGAAGAUUCUCUUGGACUUGAGGAAUUUGAGAUUUUGAAUGGACAUCACGGAUGGCAGCAUUUCGUACCUGCUCUAGCAACACUUGCUUUUUAGGAUGCCUCCUACUUGGCAUCAUGCAGAUUUAAGGAAACUGAACUUAUCUCCUGAAUAACCCAUUCUGAUUUUUCAAGGAUUACAUUUUGGAGAAUCACCUAAAAUGGGUCAAACUUAAGGGAGUUUUGAAAGCAAAUUGAUUCUUUCAAAAAAAGUGAUUAUUUUGAUUUUCAAGGAGAAAUGAUUGAGUUUGAAACAAUCCACAGCUGUCCAUUAUAUAUAUAGUAUACCCUUUCCCAUCCAGUAUACAGUGCAUUGGAUUGGGCCAAAAUUUGCCCAAAUGCCCAAUAGACAUAAAGGGAGAUGCUAGGAAAGCAUGUUGUCAGUGAGUUUUAUGGAUAUGGUUCAAUGAAAAAGAGGAAGUGAAUUUUAGGAACCUUUAGCUUCAGUGAACUCUAUAUUUUGGUUACAAUAUGUGCAAUUUCCCUCAUCAUUUCAGAUUUUGACUUGUUGGGAAUAGACUGUUUUUAGUAACUUUGUUAGAUAGACAAAUAAUUGAAUUUGAAUUAUUCUUCAGGUGUUGACUUCUGAAUGUGAAAUAGCUAGGCAUUAGUGCAACAUGUCUAUUCCUAUAUUUUGUUAAUGAUCCCUAUUAAGGGCAGAUUUACAAAGAGAGAAAGUUUUGUCUAGAUUUUCAGGCCUUCAAUUAUAUUUGAAGAAGCUAUUUAAAAUUCAAAAAUGUCUCUGUUCUAGAUGAAAAAGAAUAAUCUCUCCUUGAUCCAGUUUAUGGUAGUUUAUGGUAAUUAUAAGGAUUCUGCAUUCAAUUCUUUAACUGAAUCAAUUGUUUAAAAUACUCAUUUUGGAGAGGAAGAUAAUGAAUUUCCCAUCACCUUAGAUAUUUUUUCUAUUGUUUCCCCCAUCAGUGCAUUAUUCAUCUUGUUUCUGGAAAUGUAUCUGUUAAAGGACCUGAAACCUGAGUUCCUUUUCUCCUACCUUUAUUAUUUUGAAAUUCAGAUGCCUCAGACCUAUCAAAAUACAGUGAUGUAAAUUUGCCAAUGAAUGGCUGUUGACUCAGAUGCCAAAUGCAUAAUGAUUAUGAAUAUAUACACACUAUUCUAAUACCAUGCGAUUGAUUUUUUUAUAACUUCAGAAAUGCCAAAAACGUAGACUUUGUUGCACUAAUUUAGUCCAUUGUGCACAUUCUUUCUAGUUUAUAAGCAGUUCUACCAAUAUUGGAAUGCUGUUUAUAGCAGUUACAAUUAAAUUUCUAUUUUACUCCUGUAGAAUGAUCAAAGUCGAUUGCAGAGAACCAGCUGUGUGGAUUCAUUAUUUGAUUUUUAGGAGUUUGUAUUUUAAUUUUAUAAAUGACUACUUUUAGGAUCCUGGUAGAUACUGUAUUAGUUAAUAAGUAAAAGAAAACCUGCUGAGA